GGCCGGCGCGCGAAAUCACGCCGCGCGGCGGGUGAGCAACUGGCAGCGAGGCCCACAUACAGCAUAGAUCACUUUAUCGGCGGCUCGCGCAACUUUUGAGACCGCUGAUGUGCCGCAGCACCCCAAAGCCAAAGUCCAUCGACGGCUGGUCCCUGCCGUCGGCCUACCACGUGAUCGGCGGCCUCGGCCUCGCGGCGCUGCUGGCCGUGACGCCGGGCUGGCACGAGGUCACUCUUCAUUCACACUGGACCCUAUCAUUCACAUCCGCCGGCGCGCGCGGCGGCCGGCUCGUCGCGCGGCCGGCCUUCCUCGACGACCGGGCCGUGAUAACGGUAGCGCACGCGCCCGCGGACGCGGCCGAGGCGCCGACGCGGUUGUUAUUGAGACGCCGCGACGGGUCCGCGCGCGACGUCGCCGGCCCGGGCGGCGCCCUCGCGGUCAUUGCAGAGACCAACGGCACGUGGGUCGCGGCCGCGGACGUCUUCGGGAGCGUCGCGCUCUAUGACGCGGAGCUUAACAGGAGAUGGCUCUGCCCGGCGCUCUUCCACGCGGCGCAGGCGCACGUGGCCCUGACGCUACGCGGAGAGUAUGUAUACGUCGCGACGGCGCCAUUCGACGCUCCACCAAAGCUCUUCCGGUUGUCGUUGCAUACGGGCGCCGUCGCGUCGGAACACGAAGCCGUCGAGCCCGCAUCACCACCUUCGCACUGGCCCAGCGCGUGGCGGUCCGACUUCUACUGGAACGAUGGGGGCGAUGCCGCCGACGGCGCCUACCUCAAACCCGAGGCGGAGGCUCUGGUCCGACGCUCCGUGCCGUUUGCAUGGAUACGCGCCGAGGACACGCGCAUCGAAGUUAUGGAAGAUGACGUGGUCGUCCGGGGCCCGCGGGGCCUCCACGCCAUCGAAGGAGGCCUCUUCGCGCCGCUGCCCGCGGAUGCUUUGGUGCUGGACGAUCAAUCGAUCGUGACCCUCAAAGCCGUCGACGCCGACCGGCCGGCGCCGCGGCACAAGCGGUCGCGGGAUGGGGGGUCCGUGGUCGCCCCGUGUGCGUUGGUUGGAUUACGGGGCCUGCCGCCGGUCGAGCGCCACCUCGAGGCGUCGCUGUGCCACGACCGAGGCAUUGAGAGGACGGCGCGCGACAAGAUAGGGAGGGACAAUAAAAGGAGGAGCGCGGUGCACUCGAACAUGCUGUUGUUGGAUGGCGGCGAUGUCAUCAUAGCGGCGUCGCGCGGCGUCGUUUCUCGCAUAAGGAGGGACGGCUCGCACGCGUGGCAGGCGCGGCGGGGCCCGCACUGGAAACACAGGGACUUCGGGGGCUACGUCCUUCUCCUCACAGAGGGCGUCCUUGUUGUGGGCGCGGCGGAGGCGCGGUUGUAUGACCUGGACAGCGGCGCGCUGGUCGCGCACGUCGACGUCCCGGCCUUUUGGGACGACGAGCGCGUCCAGCAGGCGCCGGUCGUCUCGGAGCGGGGGGACGUCGUGCUCGUGGCGACGCAGUUCCAGACCGUGGCGCUCAAGGUUAAGGUGCGGCGCGACGCGGGCGCGGCGACGGCGAAGCUUUUGGUGCUCGCGCUCGCGGCCGGCGCCGUCGGCCUCGUCUGGCUCGCGUCCGCGGAGCUGGACCACUAAGUUUGUGUGAUUG